AUGGAGAUUAAACCUCCCCACGUCAAGCAACACCUUUGGGUGUUUGUUAAGUGUCUUAUUGAGAACCCCGCGUUCGAUUCACAGACUAAGGAAACCUUAACCACCACAGUAUCCCGCUUCGGCAGCAAGUGCACUCUUUCUGAAAGAACAAUUAACGCCGUCGCAAAAUCCCCCAUACUGGAGGGGGUACUCUUAUGGGCUCAAACGAAGGCGCAGGUUGAACUGAGACGGCAAAUGUCAGUAGGAAAGACAAAGGGCAGAGAACGGCUGACAGGCAUUUCCAAGCUAGAAGAUGCAAAUGAAGCGGGUGGCCGGUAUGCCCAGGAGUGCACGCUGAUCCUGACAGAGGGUGACAGUGCCAAAACUUCUUGUCUCGCGGGGCUUUCGGUUGUGGGGCGAGAGAAAUACGGCGUGUUUCCUCUGAGGGGGAAGCUGCUGAACGUGCGGGAAGCAUCCUUCAAGCAGUUGAAAGAAAAUCGCGAAAUCCAAAGGAUCCUUGGGCUUCAGAUUAACGACAAAGUGCAAGAUACCCGGGGUCUGCGUUACGGCUCGCUUAUGAUUAUGACAGAUCAAGUUUCUAAGGGCUCAGUUGAAAAGGCAUUUUUCACUCUUGUCGAAUACGACAUGUGGAGAAAGCAAGCGGGAAAUCUUUCUGGGUGGAAAAUAAAGUACUACAAAGGUUUGGGUACCUCGACAGAUAGGGAGUUCAAGGAUUAUUUUCAGGCUCUUGAUAAACACCGAAUUAAGUUCCGAUGGACAGGCAGUGGAGAUGGGGAGCUAAUUGACAUGGCGUUUAGCAAGAAGCGGGCAGAGGACAGAAAGCGUUGGCUGCAGGGUUACAGAGAAGGAACCUUUGUUGACCAUUCUAUGCGAGAGUUGACGUUUUCAGAUUUUGUAAAUAAAGAGCUGGUUCAGUUUUCGCGAUAUGACAAUGAACGCUCCAUCCCUCAGCUUGUAGACGGGUGGAAAGUCGGGCAACGUAAAGUGCUGUUUGCGGUCUUCAAAAAAAACACAAAAGCCGAGAUGAAAGUGGCGCAGCUUUCGGGAUACGUUGCGGAGCAGAGCGCCUACCACCAUGGAGAGCAGUCACUGCAGCAAACUAUCAUCACCAUGGCGCAGCGGUUUGUAGGCAGCAACAACCUUAACUUUCUGGAGCCAGUAGGACAAUUUGGCUCUCGAAAAGAAGGAGGAAAAGAUGCCUCUGCCCCCCGUUACAUCUUCACCAAGCUUGCACCCUACACGCGGCUUGUCUUCCCCGAGGCAGACGACCCUUUGCUUGAAUACCUUUAUGAAGAGGGACAGAAAAUUGAACCCAAGCAUUGGUACGGGAUGGUCUUCGUUUAUUCCGAACUUCAAUCCUAG